AUGAACUCGGCUGUGCCAGCCAGCUCCCACCCAGCGACGCGGGCAGCACUGGCACCACCCGUUCCAAUGCAGGAGUCUGCCCGCAGUCCCUGGGCAGAGCUGGUGCAGAGUGGUGGCAUUGGGAACCGCGGAGGUGCAGGGCCCUGCCACCAUCCCACUGCUGCCGGGGAGCUACCGUGCCACCCGCAGACCUUCAGCUUCCUGCCCCACACCACAACCACAUCAUCUUCUGAGCCCAUACCAUGGGUCCUGAUCAUUCCUGGGGCUGUCGAUCCCUGGAAUAUUCCAGGGCUUUGCCGGGGUGACAGCAGCGGAGCCCCCACACGAUGCCCAGCCCUGGUGGCACAGCCACAGACAGGGCCCCCGCUCCCCGUUCCUCCACAGCACCAGGGGCUGACACAGCUCCCUCCAUGGCAUGGCUGGGAGCCCCUCGGAGCCCCUGUCACUGGGGAGGGGACCUUCACUGUCCCUGCUCUGCACCUGGCGGCACCGCUCUCCGCUCCCCUCUUGCGCGCCCCCGGUGCCCAUCGGCCAAGUCCGGCUCUAGCCCAGGCCGCUGAGCGAGUCCAGCCUGCUGGGAGUGGCGGCUCGCUGCUUUACGGCACACUGUGGCGCGGCCCCGCUCAUUGGCGGCAGUUCCCCGGUGGUGGGGGUCCGGUCGGUGCCAUGGACGUGGGGGAGCUGCUCAGCUACCAGCGGGACUCGGUGACGCUGUCGCAAACUUUUGGGGGUCACUUCGGGGAAGCGGUGCCUCGGAGGGACCGGUUACCGGGGACUUUUCGGAAGCCCAACAGAGGCACCAAGCGGCCCCGCGACGAGGAGGAGGAGGAGAUCAAAGCGCGGCGGAAGCAGGCGAGCUCCCGGGAGCACGGCCGCCACCGGGAGGAGGAGGCUGCUGCCCUGGAGGAAACUGAUGAUGAGAAGAAGAAACUCCUUCAGAUAAUCGAGAGGGAUGGAGAAGAGGAAGAGGAAGAAGAGGAACCUCUGGAUGAAAGUUCAGUGAAGAAGAUGAUUCUCACCUUUGAGAAGAGGUCCUACAAAAACCAGGAGCUGCGGAUCAAGUUUCCUGACAACCCAGAGAAGUUCAUGGAGUCAGAGCUGGACCUCAAUGACAUCAUCCAGGAGAUGCAUGUGAUUGCCACCAUGCCAGACCUGUACCACCUGCUGGUGGAGCUCAACGCCGUGCAGUCGCUGCUGGGGCUGCUGGGACACGACAACACCGAUGUCUCCAUCGCUGUGGUAGACUUGCUGCAAGAGCUGACUGAUAUUGAUACUCUCCAUGAGAGUGAAGAAGGAGCUGAGGUCCUCAUAGAUGCUCUGGUGGAGGGUCAGGUUGUGGCCUUGUUGGUCCAGAAUUUGGAGCGCCUGGAUGAAAGCGUGAAGGAGGAAGCUGAUGGAGUCCACAACACCCUGGCAAUCGUGGAGAACAUGGCAGAGUUCAGACCAGAGAUGUGCACGGAAGCGGCGCAGCAGGGCCUGAUGCAGUGGCUGCUCAAGAGGCUCAAGGCCAAGAUGCCUUUCGAUGCCAACAAGCUGUACUGCAGUGAGGUGCUGGCCAUUCUGCUCCAGAACAACGAUGACAACAGAGAAUUGCUCGGGGAGCUGGAUGGGAUCGAUGUGCUGCUGCAGCAGCUGUCGGUGUUCAAACGCCACAACCCCAGCACAGCAGAGGAACAGGAGAUGAUGGAGAACCUCUUUGACUCCCUUUGCUCCUGCCUGAUGCUCAGUUCCAACCGGGAUCGCUUCCUGAAGGGCGAGGGGCUGCAGCUGAUGAACCUGAUGCUGAGGGAGAAGAAGAUCUCCCGCAGCAGUGCCCUGAAGGUUCUGGACCAUGCCAUGAUUGGCCCAGAGGGCACAGACAACUGCCACAAGUUUGUGGACAUUCUUGGUCUGAGAACCAUCUUCCCUCUCUUCAUGAAGUCACCCAAAAAGAUCAAGAAAGUUGGGACAACUGAGAAAGAACAUGAAGAACAUGUCUGUUCCAUCCUGGCCUCCCUCCUGCGAAACCUGAGAGGGCAGCAGAGGACACGGCUGCUGAAUAAAUUCACCGAGAACGACAGUGAGAAGGUGGAUAGGCUGAUGGAGCUGUAUUUUAAGUACCUUGACGCGAUGCAGGCAGCUGAUAAGAAGAUUGACGGCGAGAAGCACGACAUGGUACGGAGGGGAGAGAUCAUAGAUGAUGACAUGGAGGAUGAGUUCUACCUGCGCCGCCUGGACGCUGGGCUCUUCGUCCUGCAGCUCAUCUGUUACAUCAUGGCAGAGAUCUGCAAUGCCAACGUCCCCCAGGUUCGUCAGAGAGUCCACCAGAUCCUGAACAUGAGGGGCAGCUCCAUCAAGAUCGUCCGGCACAUCCUGAAGGAGUAUGCAGAGAACAUCGGGGAUGGGAAGAACCAGGAGUUCCGGGAGAGUGAGCAGAAGAGGAUCCUGGACCUGCUGGAGAACUUCUGAGGGCUCAGGGGCAGAGUCCCUGCAUGGGGUUUGGCUGUCCCCUGUCUGCCCACGGAGAUGUGGCACCUGCUGCAGCUGCUGCUGCCUCCUCCAGCCCUGCUUGCACCACACAAGAGAUGUUUCUGUGAAACUGCUGCUCCUGAGUGGGGGUUGGAGGUAUUAAAGAUGCU